CCGUAUAAUUUAUUUCUUGUUUGUAUAUGACCUUUCGUCGAGUGUUUAUCACCAAAAUAAGUUAAACAAAUUCUUUAUUGAUUACUUUUAAAGAUCUAUAUUCACUCUGAACGGAAUUGUAUCUUUUAUUGAAUGGAAGUACAUGUAUGUCUGUUUGCAGUUUGUACAGUAUAUUGGUUCUAUGCGAUAAAUUAAAUGGAUUUAGUUUGCUAGCGAGUUAAUUGUGGAAAUUUAAUAUAAAAUUUUUAGGAUGAAAUUGUGUUAAAUAUCAAUCGAUAUGAAAAUUGGGUCAAAUAGCAACAACUAUGUAUUCGUUCAUGGAUUAUAUAUAAUAAUAUUAUAGAUUAUGUGAGUUCUUACACUAAAGAUGUCGAUGCAAGUUUAUUCUCCUAAACGUCACCGUAGAGCACCGAAGAUUGCCGAAGACAAUUCCGUGUACAGUACUGUAAACUCGGCAAAAACUCCGUCGAUUAUUGAACUCGAAAAUUUAAGAUACGAACACUCCCAGGAAUACAUUGUUGACACCAUGCCCACGCCGAAUAGUUUAACAUAUCGCCCAUUGCCUGCUGUGCAAAUGAAAAAGACGUAUCAACCCCACACAACGCCCCGGUGGGAGGACAGGAAAAAGACCACAGUUUACGUCACAGUGACGUUUCUAAAACUAGGAGAAAUUGAUACGAUUAAGGAAUAUUUCGAAGCCGAUGUGUACAUACAGGCUAGAUGGAGAGAGCCCCUGUUAGAUAACACAAAGACAACAGUUUCGGACUAUACACAGUUUUGGAACCCGGAGUUGGUCUUACAGAAUGUUUUUGAGGACCCGAAGGAACAGGUAUGGCACGAGGUGCGUCAUAUGCAGCAUGGGGAGGCGUUUAUAUACGAAAUGAGGCGCGUCAAGGGGAAAUUUAUGGAGACAAUGGAGCUGAAUGACUUUCCUUUUGAUGUACAGGGUAUUUCAAUGGUGCUAUCUUCGGAAUUAACAAAAGAUGUUUUAACUAUUGUUGAAGAUAAAGACGAAAUCAGUACAAUAUAUGUUGACUGUUUCUCCGACAGCCAGGAGUGGGAGUUGUACAACUUUGUGGAGAUGGACCCACUAGAUAUAUCAGCACAGUAUACACGUGCACGGAUCAGUUACCCGGGAAUUAUCGCCACGUGCUGUGUAUCUAGACGAGCGGGCUUCUUUGCUUGGAAUGUCCUAGUGAUUGUGAAUUUACUGACCAUAUUUGCAUUUACGACAUUUGCCGUAGACCCAACUCUGACUCAGAACAGAUUACAGUUGUCGUUUAUCCUGAUGUUGGCAGCUAUCAGCUUCCGGUUUGUGACAAACCAAAGCAUUCCUAAAAUAUCUUACCUUACCCAUCUUGACCGUUAUGUUUUGGUAUCGAUGAUGUUUAGUGGUAUUAUAACGUUCUGGCAUGCCGUUUUAUCACGGUUCAAAUACGACGCCAGUCUCCAGAGCAAGAUGGAUUUCUAUGCAUUUAUUUUGUUUGCUAUUGGAUACUUCUUCUUCCAGAUGAUAUUUAUUCUGGUGAUGCUACGUCAGCGCCAACAAAAGCUGUCAGAAAUACAGAAAAGGGAAAACAAGUACAAGUUUAAAGCACAGAAUACUGUUGGCGAUGUUUGGAAAUCAAUUAAAAGCAAUGUUGCAAGCGGAGCCUUCACCCUAGGUCUACGAAACAAGUCAAACGUACACACAAGACCUCGGUAGACCGGAUACGGAUGUUGAUCACAAGCUUGGCGCAUGCGUAUACCAACAGGAAGUGAACAAAAGGGGGUAAAGAAGGGAACUUACACCUAACGAUCUAUAAUAAUUGAAUGAUGCUACUGAAAAAAAAUAAUAAAGGAUGAUACCGCAAAAAACUGGAUUCGUAAUAUUAUGAAGUAUAGACAAUAAAUAUUUUGUUCAAAUUUGACAAUAUUACAAGAAUUAUAGAAACUUUCUAGAAAUCCAUGACAAUUUUAUAUGUAAUCAUUUCUUAAAUCACUAGGUUACUCAGUUUUAUACACGCAUUUUAUGAUUAUGAUGUGCAACAUUGCUUAGUGUUAGACAGAAAACCAUGGAAACAAAACAAAUACUUACCUAAAUAAGCUUAAGUGUUUUUAAAAUGUGAAUAUAAAGUGGAACGAUGGUAAAAAAAUCUACAGAAGAAGAUCUAGCAUAAAGAAGGACAAAAUGCAUAAAUCGAAAAUAUUCAAUAUGUUGAAAUUUUUUAUUGCCUUGCAAGUGCAUUAUAUUUCAAUUGUGAUAUUUAAACUGUGAUAGAAACGAUAUGUAAGUAUUCUUUUACCCGGUUAAAUACAGUAUUACACUUCUC